UUGCUUGUUCCCCAUCGCUUGACUCCUCUGCUCCCUCCUCACAAACCAUGGCGCACACUCGCCUCCUCCUGCUCGCCAUUCUCGGCGCCUCAUUACCACUGAUCUUCUUCUCCAGUGCAGAGGCGGGCGAGGUGGGCGUGUGCUAUGGCAGGGUCGGCGACAACCUGAUGGACCCGGCGGCGGUGGUGCAGCUGCUGAAGAAGAACGGCAUCACGACGGUGAGGGUCUACGACACCGACCCGGCCGUGCUGCGGGCGAUGGCCAACACCGGCAUCAAGGUGGUGGCGGCGCUGCCCAACGAGAUGCUGGCCUCCGCGGCCGGCGACCCAUCGUACGCGCUCCGGUGGGCGAGGAUCAACCUGGCGCCCUACUACCCGGCCACGGACAUCCGCGGCGUGACCGUCGGGAACGAGGUCUUCCAGCAGGCGCCGCAGCUCACGCCGCAGCUCCUCACGGCCAUGCGGAACGUGCGGGCGGCGCUGGUCACCCUGGGCCUGGGCGACGCCGUGAAGGUGACCACCCCGAUCGCGUUCGACGCGCUCAAGGUGUCGUUCCCGCCGUCCAGGAGCGCGUUCCGGGACGACAUCGCGCGGUCAGUGAUGAGCCCCAUGCUCGACUUCCUGGAGCAGACCGGCUCCUACCUCAUGGUGAAUAUCUACCCGUACUACACGUACACGUUUCAGCCCAACGUGAUCGACCUCAACUACGCGACGUUCCGCCCCAACGCUGGCGUCAUCGACCCCGUGACUGGCCUCAGGUACUCCAACCUCUUCGACGCCCAACUCGACGCCGUGUACUACGCCAUGGACAACCUGGAGUCCUCUGCUGGCAGCGUGCUGCGCACCGCCGUGGGGACGGUGAGCAGAGGAAGGCGCAGCCAGCGGGUGCCCACCAAGACCGGCGAGUCCGGGUGGUGCUCCUACUGUCCGAACAUGGUGGGCGCCACAAAGGAGAACGCCCAGGCGUUCAACGCCAACCUGAUCAAGCGCGUGCGCUCCGGCAACGCCGGCACCCCGUACCGGCCCGACGCCGACGUCUCCGCCUACAUCUUCGCCCUUUUCAACGAGAACAAGAAGCCCGCCGACGAGCAGAACUUCGGCCUCUUCUACCCGGACGGGCAGCCGGUGUACCCGGUCGACUUCGGCCCCAGCCCUGCCCCGGGCCCUGCCGCGGGCAGCUGGUGCGUGGCGAACCCGGCCGUCGGGGAUACGCGCCUGCAGGCCGCGCUGGACUACGCGUGCAGCAACGGGGCGGACUGCAGCGCCAUCCAGCCCGGGAAGCCGUGCUACGAGCCCAACACCAUGGUCGCGCACGCCUCCUACGCCUUCAACGACUUCUACCAGCGCAAGGGCCGGGCCAGCGGGACCUGCGAUUUCAGCGGCGCCGCUUCCAUCGUCUUCCAGCAACCUGCAGGUGGCAUCUGCGACCCGAACAUCAGCUGGUGCGUAGCGAACGCGGCGGCUGGGGACGCACGGCUCCAGGCGGCGCUGGAGUACGCGUGCGGGCACGGCGCCGACUGCAGCGCCAUCCAGCCGGGUGGGCGGUGCUUCGACCCCGACACCAAGGUGGCGCACGCGUCCUACGCAUUCAACGACUUCUACCAGCGCAACGACCGUGCAAACGGUUCGUGCACCUUCAAUGGCGCUGGCUCCGUCGUCUACCAGCAACCAAAGAUAGGCAAUUGCGUGCUUCCGUCCAGUCAUCAGGCUAAACUGAAGAAAUGGUAGAGAAGAGCCAAGGGCAUACUGCAAGCUCCGUUGUACGAGACUCCGCAAUGAACCAAUGUAGUCGUAUUUCUGAUGGAAAAAGCUUACGGAUGCGGUCCCGACCUUCUGUGUAAAAUCCCUUCUGUGUAAAACAGGUUAUGUUUUAGGAAUAUAUACCAUGUUGUAAUGGUCUAUAAUAAGAUUAUGUUUUGCAGAUUUCUACUUCUAA